AUGGCAAUACGGGAUAGCAGGAUGAGCCCUAUUCAAGCUGGAUUCAGACCGGGAUGCGAUUGUGUUGACCACAUAAUCACGUUAAGAAUGGUGUUAAAAAUAUCAAAUAUCUACCCACCGUUAGGUGUUGAUAGAACGGUGCAUUGGAGGAUGAUGGAGGAAUAUGACGGUGUUCCAGAGAAAAUCAUUCGACUCAUAAAGCGUAUGUCAAUUUAUGUAUAUGGGGAAUUUAUAGACAAGAACUGGUGUCUAUCAAGGUUAUGUCGUUUCCCCUACUAUGCGAUAAACUGGAUAAUGGACACUGCUUUUCGGCCCUCAAGAGGUAUCCAAAUUAAUCCAGAGCAUCAUAUCACAGAUUUUGAAUAA